UUUUUUGCAUUUUAAGUAAUAUUAACAUGCUCAGUAAUAUUCGUUACUCAACAUAGGCUAACGCUCAUUCACUGUUUUAGUAGUAGCCUACUGUCAUUUUAAUAGUUUAAUAGACAGACUGACUAAGAGUGAUAUCAAUGUUUACAUGUUUUUUAAAAAGAGAAAAUGCUUACUGUUCUUUCACAAUACAGACAUUUGUAAAUCGGAAUUUCAUAUAUAAACGAGCCAACCUUUAACGAACAACUAGUACUUUAAGAAUGCUGCUUAAUUUCGACUUCACAGUUAGCCUAAAUGUGAUCAUUGUCGUCUGAAUGCUCCGUUAAAAUAAAUGAUCCAAUUAAACGAUGUCCAAUAAUUUAAAUAGCCUACUAUUUAUAUAUUGAUUUUUAAUUUCUCGUUCUCUGUGCAGUUCUGUGGCGUAUUGACACUUCAGGUACACUGGCGACCGAUAGGCCUACUCUUCUCUUGUACCACAGCUGGGUUAAAUUAUUGGUAGAGAUGGUGUUUUCAAACCGCCGUAAACCACACGAAGGAAGAAGGGGCUUGUGUUUUUCUCUCGUUACCCCUUUUCGGUUGGAUUCUAUUCAAAUUUGGGUCAGAGGUGAGAUCUCAACGUCACAAGCUUGCAAGAUGGCGCUCGGAAGGCUGUGAGAUGAGAGAGAGAGUGGUUAACUGAGAACGCUCCUACCGAUGUAAUAAGGUGUACAGGUGUAGGAAGAGAAGGUGGAAAUGGAACUGCCAAAUCAUGCCAAACAAAUACUGCUACAGCUGAACCAGCAAAGAGCCAAAGGUUUCCUGUGUGACGUGAUCAUCGUGGUGGAGAACGCCCUCUUCCGGGCGCACAAGAACAUCCUGGCGGCCAGCAGCAUCUACUUCAAGUCCCUGGUGCUUCACGACAACCUGAUCAACCUGGACACGGAGAUGGUGAACCCGUCCGUGUUCCGGCAGAUCCUGGACUUCAUCUACACGGGCAAGCUGCUGUCCUCGGAGCCGAGCAGCGAGCAGAACUUCACCGCCCUCCUGACGGCGGCCAGCUACCUCCAGCUGCACGACCUGGCGGCGCUCUGCAGGAAGAAGCUCAAGCGCAAUGGGAGGGUGGUCCCGGGGAAGCCCAGCGCCCCCGGGGGGGGCCGCCCCCUCCGCGCCCCGAGGCUGUCGGCCACGCCCACGGGGCACAAGCGCUUCCCCGGGUCCGACUGCGAGAGCAAGCCCCCCGACGACCGGCUCAAGGACAAGCUGUCCGACGACGAGCUGUUCGUGGGCGGCGGCCUGCAGCCCGGCUCCGCCCCCCUCCGCCGCUCUGCGGGGAAGAACGGCAGCAGCGGCAACCUCAGCUCGGGGAGCGGCGGCGACCAGGAGCUGGGCCUGGACCUGUCCAAGAAGAGCCCGUCCGACAGCACCGCCACAGAGGAGGUGAGCCCCAACAGCCUGGCCCAGGGGUCCCCCCAGUCCGCCUGCGCCUCCACCGCCAACAGUGCCUCCUUCGAAGACUCCGCCCCCAACCCGCCGGGCCUGGACGGCGUGGAGCCCAUGGAUGUGAGCGGGGGGGCGGAGGAGAAGAACCCGACCCCCCCGGACGCCGGCCAGCCGCGCAAGAGCUCCCGCCAGGUGGCCCGGAAGAAGGAGUGGCCCAAGAAGGAGGGGGGCGGGGCCAAGGGCGAGGAGAGGGCGGUGCCCAACGGCGUGAUCGUGGGGCCCAAACCGGGGGAGGGCCACUGCGGCAGCAGCGGGGGGGGCAGCGGCAGCAGCUUCGCCUCCGACCACUCCUUCCAGUGCAAGGAGGAGGAGGAGGAGGAGGCGAACGGGCAGGAGCACAGCGAGGAGAGCGGGCAGAGCGACGGGGAGGGCGGGGCUGGGGGCGGAGCCGGGGGCGGGGCCGGGGGCGGGCACUCCAGCGCCAACUACGUCUACCGGCAGGAGGGCUUCGAGCCGGCGUUCGGCGACAACCUGUACGUGUGCAUCCCCUGCGGCAAAGGCUUCCCCAGCUCGGAGCAGCUCAACGCCCACGUGGAGACGCACACCGAGGAGGAGCUCUACAUCAAGGAGGAGGGCACCUACGUGAAGGAGGAGGAAGAGGAGGAGGCGGAGGACCUGUCCGCCAGCACGCCGGCCUUCGGCGCCGGCUCCGAGCCCCGCCCCUUCAAGUGCACGGUGUGCAGCAAGAGCUACAAGGACCCGGCGACCCUGCGGCAGCACGAGAAGAGCCACUGGCUGACCCGGCCCUUCCCCUGCAACAUCUGCGGCAAGAUGUUCACGCAGCGCGGCACCAUGACCCGCCACAUGCGCAGCCACCUGGGCCUCAAGCCCUUCGCCUGCGAGGAGUGCGGCAUGCGCUUCACCCGCCAGUACCGCCUGACCGAGCACAUGCGCGUGCACUCGGGCGAGAAGCCCUACGAGUGCCAGCUCUGCGGCGGGAAGUUCACACAGCAGCGCAACCUGAUCAGCCACCUGCGCAUGCACACGUCCCCGUCAUAAGCCAAAGACUGCAGCCCCUCCUCCUGCAAACGCAUGCACACAUGCAAGCAUGCACACACAUACACACAC